CACGCAGAGUUACCAGAGCCGUGCCCACAGGCUUGCCACCCUAUUCAUCAUGACGGCUGGCAGUGCUAAUGCGAGCCAGUUUCCCAUGAUGUUCAUCGUCUACGGAGGAGUGCCGUUCCUGCUGGCAUACCUGGCGUUUCUCUGCGUAGUGACAUUUCCCGUCAUGCGCCUGGAGAACAACCUGGCCCAGUUCGCCGGAGACGGAAACAUCGGCAUCUUCAGCGCAGUUCCGCUCUUCAUCGGCCUGGGCUACACCAUGAGCCUCUACGCAAUCGUACACGUGGUGAGCGACUCGGUGCCGGUGUCCGAUCAGCUGCUCUACCUGCUCGACUCGCUCCGCGAUGCCACGUGGAAUGAUUGCCCCAACGGGCUGCUGCUCGCACCCAACCGGACCUGCUAUGUACCCAGGCGCGCGUUCUCGCUCUGCAGGACCACUCGCGCUCGGCUCACGGAGGCCUUCCGCCGACAGCCGCUAAGCAGCGGUAUGCCGGCCGUGGCGGAAGGACAGGAACCCUCCGUGGUGCUGCUGCCGUCCAAGGUGUACCGCAGCGAGAUGGCCGACUGCCUGCCCGGAGUGUACAACUACCUGCAGCCGUACCAGCCGUGCGUCUGCGAUACGCUCGCUCCUUGCUCUAGCUGAUCGCGCUUACUUUAUUUUUCGAGGCAAUAAAUA